AACCAAACACGUUACGCGUUGAAGUUACCAAUAAUGUUUGACUGUUCUACUGAAAAGUGGACGUUCAUCUUUGGUUCCGCAACAUUCAUCGGCUGGGCUGUGACUUCGUUCCUUUGCCACCAGUCUACCUAUCUCUUCUUGGGAACAUCCGCCAACGUCCAAGAUAAUGGGCUUUUAUGGGCGUCUAUCAUUACACUAUGUCAGGUUACCAUGUGCUGUCUGCUCACCGAUCUACGUCUCUGGCGCCCACGUUCCACAGAGGCCAAAAAGAUCAUAUGGGUGAAACUUUCCUGCCACGCGUUGGCUACCAUGGCAACAAACUACAGCAUGACGAUGGUACAUGCAUCGUCAACAUUCGCCAUAAAGCUCCUGGAACCAGUAACCAGUGCCAUUAUUCAGCGUCUGGCUUUAGGAACACCUGUACCACCCUCCGCCUAUAUUACUCUUCCUAUCAUCAUAGGAGGUGCUGUUGGUUUUUGUGGAAAUUCUUUUAACACGCCCUUGACAGCUGCUGGUAUUGCCGUGGCCUUCGCGUCCAACUUAAUCCUGGCCUUCAGAAACGUGGCUAUCAAACUGGAACAGAAGGACACUUCCACUUCAAACAUCCAGCUGAGACCAAAGAGAUUUGUCUUCAGCAUUGCAGCGUCUUCCACGUCAUCUACUCCUACAUCUCCACCAACAUCGUGCUUCUCUACAUGUCUGUAG